CUUCCGGUUUGAAAUCUUUUAGAUGGUGGCGUUUUACCUUUCUACGUAUACCCCUCCCUCCAACGUCUUCGCUUCUAAUCAUGUUUUAUCCACAACUUUAUUCUCCUUCUAUUCGUAUAUCAUGUCAAGUUUUUCUGGGCUUCUUUUGGGGGGCGCUCAAAAGCAAAUGUUUUGAAUUGUUUGCUCUUUUCAUUUUCAUUUCCCUUUUCCCUUUUCCUUUUCUUUCUUGGGCCUGUACUACUAUUCUGCAUUUGUCUAUUGUUGUUUUUUGGGGAAACUUUGGCUUUUCCGGGAAAACACAAAAGUUUCUUGUCUGUUUUUUUCCUCUUUCGGUUGGGGUGGGGUGGGAGGUUUUUGUUUUAACAUUUUUUUCUUUUUGGGUCUGUGUCUGUGUGUGGUGGUGUGCAUUCGAUGAAUGGGGGACGGGGUGGUUUUAUCAAAUCUUCCCUUGCCUGUUUUGUUUUCUCUUUUGCAUGCUGGGUGCGGUGGAUCGUUGGUUGGCUGUUUGUCUUUUUUGUCCUUUUUUUUUUGUUGGUUGUUUCUUUUCUGUUGGUUGUUUCUUUUCUGUUGGUUGUUUCUUUUCUGUUGGUUGUUUCUUUUCUGUUGGUUGUUUCUUUUCUGUUGGUUGUUUCUUUUCUGUUCUUGUUCGAAGAUACCCUUUUCUCUUUUCUCUUUUUCUUUUCUCUUUCUUGAUGUUUUCUUCUUCUUUCUGCACCUUUCUUUCUUCCUCGUCACGUUUUUAAUCAGCUGUAAUUAUGUCUCCCCUUCUUGUUUUCUCCCCCCUCCUCCUCUCUGUCUGGUUUUGGGUUCGUGGUCUGGAUGGUUGGAUGGAUGGAAUUCGCGUGCGCACUCGCCGCUCAGUCUCAGUCGUUGGAUGGAUGGUAUAUGAAUGGGGCCGCCUUUCCGAAUUAUUUUUU